AUGGUCGACCAGAUCGACCGGCGCGGCCUGUCGCCCAUCUUGGGCGACGAGAUGGGCCUCGGCAAGACGCUGCAGACGAUCGCCGUCAUCGCGCACCUCAAGUUUGGGCUGAAGCAGCCGGGCGCUAGCCUGGUGGUGUGCCCGCUCUCGGUCCUCUCCACCUGGUGCGCCGAGCUCAAGCGGUGGUGCCCGUCGCUCCGCACCAUCAAGCUGCACUCGAGCGACGUCGCCGAGCGAGAGCGGCUCAAGACGCAGAUCGGCGAGACGAUUGGCGAGUACGACGUUGUCGUCACCACGUAUGAGAUGGUGCACUGGCGGCUGCUGGUGCUCGACGAGGGGCACGUCCUCAAGAACGUCGAGACGGAGAUCGCGCAGACCGUGCGCAAGAUGCACUUUGUCUCCGCGCUGCUGCUCACCGGGACGCCGCUGCAAAACAACCUGACCGAAUUGUGGGCGCUCCUCAACCUGCUCUACCCGGACACUUUCCCGGAGGCGGCCGUCUUUGACGAAGGCUUCAACCUCGGGCAAGGCACGGACAACGCGGAGGCUCGGAACCGCCUCUGA